CAGAGCAAGCCGGAGCUGGCGCCCGCUGCCAGGAGCUCGCGGGAGGCCGGGCAGGGCGGCGCCGAGGCCGAGCAUCUCGGGCUCUAGCGCCGCGGCCUCUCUGCUUGCUGCACCACCUGGCCCGGGCCAGGCGUCCGGUGAGAGAGAAGAUGUUUUCCCGGUUAAGAGCCGUUGUCGCUCCUUGCGCUUUGACGUGUCGUCAUCUGCACCUGAAGGAGAAAGGCAAGCCACUCAUGUUGAACCCAAGAACAAACAAGGGGAUGGCGUUUACAUUACAAGAACGACAGAUGCUCGGUCUUCAAGGACUUUUACCUCCUAAAAUAGAGACACAAGAUAUUCAAGCCUUAAGAUUCCAUAGAAACUUGAAAAAAAUGACUAGCCCUUUGGAAAAGUACAUCUAUAUAAUGGGCAUACAAGAAAGAAAUGAAAAACUGUUUUAUAGAAUACUGCAAGAUGAUAUUGAAAGUCUGAUGCCAAUUGUGUAUACACCAACAGUUGGCCUUGCCUGCUCUCAGUAUGGACACAUCUUUAGGAGACCUAAGGGAUUGUUUAUUUCAAUCUCAGACAGAGGUCAUGUUAGAUCAAUUGUGGAUAACUGGCCAGAAAAUCAUGUUAAGGCUGUUGUGGUGACCGAUGGAGAGAGAAUUCUGGGUCUUGGAGAUUUGGGUGUCUAUGGAAUGGGGAUCCCGGUGGGAAAGCUUUGUCUGUACACAGCGUGUGCAGGGAUACAGCCGGAGAAAUGCCUGCCCGUGUGCAUCGACGUGGGAACCGAUAACCAAGCACUAUUAAAAGAUCCGUUUUAUAUGGGCCUGUAUCAGAAGCGAGAUCGCUCCCAACUUUACGAUGAUCUAAUUGAUGAGUUUAUGAAGGCGAUUACUGACAGAUACGGCCGCAACACACUCAUUCAGUUUGAAGACUUUGGAAAUCAUAACGCAUUCAGAUUCUUAAGAAAAUACCGAGAAAAAUACUGUACCUUCAAUGAUGACAUUCAAGGGACAGCUGCCGUUGCUUUGUCAGGCCUUCUUGCAGCCCAAAAAGUUAUUAAUAAACCAGUCUCAGAACACAAAAUCUUAUUUCUUGGAGCAGGAGAGGCUGCACUUGGAAUUGCAAAUCUUAUAGUUAUGUCGAUGGUGGAGUGUGGCCUCUCAGAAGAGGAGGCGCAGAGGAAGGUCUGGAUGUUUGACAAGCAUGGCUUGCUGGUUAAGGGUCGGACUGCUAGCAUAGAUAAUAACCAGGAACCAUUUGCUCACUGGGCCCCAGAGAACAUACCUGGAACUUUUGAAGAUGCAGUAAACAAACUUAAGCCUUCAGUUAUAAUUGGAGUGGCAGGUGCUGGCCGGCUUUUUACUCCUGGUGUAAUCAAAGCCAUGGCCUGCAUCAAUGAAAGGCCUAUAAUAUUUGCAUUAAGUAACCCUACAGCGCAGGCUGAGUGCACAGCAGAAGAAGCAUAUACACUUACAGAGGGCAGGUGUUUGUUUGCCAGUGGCAGCCCAUUUGAGCCGGUGAAACUCCCAGACGGACAAGUCUUCACCCCAGGCCAAGGAAACAAUGCCUAUAUUUUUCCAGGUGUGGCUUUAGCUGUUAUUCUCUGUCAAACUCGACACAUCAGUGACAGUGUUUUCUUAGAAGCUGCAAAGGCUCUGACAAGUCAAUUGACAGAUGAGGAAUUAGCCCAAGGGAGGCUCUACCCAUCACUUGCUAAUAUUCAGGAAGUUUCUGUUAACAUAGCUAUUAAAGUUACAGAAUACCUGUAUGCUAAUAAAAUGGCUUUCCGAUACCCAGAACCAGAGGACAAGGCCAAAUACGUGAAAGAAAGAAUAUGGAGGAGUGAUUAUGUCUCCCUGCUGCCGGAUGUGUAUGAUUGGCCAGAGUCUUCACUGAAGCCUCCUCAGAUAACAGAAUAGAAGUUUUCCCGUUAAGACAGUCCAGGCUUCAGGGAACCACUAUUUUUAGAAAAAAACAUAAUAAUCUCAGAGUUCCAGUGUUGUCUGUGUUUUAUUCCUCUGCACCCCUUUGCUUGGCCUUUUUUCCUGUAAAUCUCACUUUUGUUGGUGACAGAUAUGUUGAGUAUCUGUGGAUGCCCACCAGUGCCCACAGUCCAGUCCUGGGAAUGUUCUGAUGGGUCGUCACUCACGCUCUUGUUUGAGCUCACCGUGGUAUUUUUGCUAUUUUAUGAAUGUAUCUUUCAUGUCUUCCACUCAGUUCCUCUAGGGGUGUGGAUGUGAGUACAAAAUGUUGAGAAGAAGCCAGAUUUUAACCUAACUCCAAAGAAAAAUUGUCAGUACUUAAAGCUGUCCUUUUAUACAUGCUUCAUUUUCCUUUACAUGCUCUGAAAUCCCUUUGUAGUAAACAGAUUUGGGGAAAUAUGAAAAAAAAAAAUCCCAAUUUCCUGGAACUAAAUCAUGGCUAACUAUAACAUUAUAGAAGAGUGGGAGGAGCUACUGCUUUCUUUAGACAAACAUAACAGUCAUUUGCAACAGUGUACAAACACCACUUUUAUUUAAUAAAGGUAAUAUCUUAUUUUUAUUUGCUUCAGUUACAUGAUCUUACUGACCAUACAGAAACCUAGGUUUGCUGAUUAUGAAAAGUUUCAUUGUCUUCACUUCUAGCUGAGGGAGCCCCAUCUACCUAACGUAUGACUAAUGUCGUCAUAUAAUUUGGAAAUAUUAUCAGAAGAAGUUAAGUACAAUCUGUACCUUUUUUUCUGUCCGUCAUAUUUUUUAUUUUGCAGUAGUUAGGGAUUCUCCUAGGGAGACAUUCCUUUGAAUAUUACUAGUGACAUCUUUCUCUGCUGAGAAAUAGAUUCUAGUGACGUCUUUCUCUGCUGAGUAAUAGAUUCUGAGCUCAGUGGAGACAAAUAAAGUAGAAUUAGACCAGGAAAUGCCUUCUCUUCUAAAGACAGCAUCUCACUGUGUAGCCCUAGCUGUCCUAGAACUCACUCUAGAGACCAGGCUGGUCUAGAACUCCGGAAGAUCUACCUGCCUCUGCCUCUAGAGUGCUGGGGUGAAAGACAUACCCCACUAUACCUGGCAGGAAAUGCGUUUCUCCGGGAAGAUUGUGAGAGCUAUGACUCAUGUGUUUAUGAGUCACAUGUUGGUAGCUAAAGGAAGUGUCUAAAGCAUCUGGAGAAACAGCAACGUGGGUGUGGUAUCUGUCUAGAGGCUUUGAUGGACAAGCUUGUUUUUAUUGAGACUGUAGCAAACUGGCCUCAAACUCACUCUGUGUUUCUGGCUUGCUUCCAAGUGCUGGGAUAAUAGUUAUGAGCCACCAUGCCCUGCUCAGGGACAGAACUUAAAAAUCCUCACCCUGGAAUGGUAGCAAUACAAAGCAGUUCGUAGGUACUCACCACAGUACAUAUUUUAAUACUAUCUGUAGGCAAAGGAACUUUUAUCUUCUUGCUUAAAGAGAUUGAUUUGAAAUUCUGAAGAUGUAUUAAGAUUGCUUAGGAUGCACCAGAUCUUGGGUUCAGUCCACAGGAUCAAGAAGCAGGCUUGAAAUGGCAUUGCCAUUUUAAGUAUGGAUAGACAUGGUUAACCCAUCAUAUAAUCAAAAAUCUUGUUUAGCAAAAUAAUGAAGUAAAUCAUAGUUUGAUUCAUUCAAUUAAAGAUGAAGGGUUAUACAGGCAUGGGUCUAGCAGGAGGGUCUCGAGUACAAAGCCAGGUUGAACUAUAUACUAUCCUUCCUAUAAAAGAACUCACAAAAUGAAAGCAAGAUGGUUCAAUGGUUAAGGCCCUUGCCCCAAGCCUUGACAUUUAACCCAGGACACAUAAGGUGGAAAGAACAAACUUCCGAAAGUUAUCCUCUGACACCAACCCUGCCCUCCCAGCACUGUAAAUCAUUGUAACAAAAAUUAUGAAAAAGGGUUUUUCAUGUUUUUGUUUAUAUUCUGUACAUGAAAUUUUAAUUUUGAACAUUACAAGUAUAAAAAUUGCCGGGUUUUUGCUCAGUUUAUUAAAGAUGAGGACAUAUGCUGAAUUAAAGUAAUUUUACUAAGA